GCCAUCCGAAGGGGAUUAGUCAAUAAAUAACACGCAUCUAAGGAAUUCUUUAACAUUUAACAUCUGGCCAAAGCUGUGAGCGGCGGGCUGGCAGGUUGGAGCCUCUGGCGCUGGCAGUCUUCUCUCCAAUCAAAGCGGUGCGGAUGGCUGGUCCCACUUCCACCUGUGAAGCUAGUCCCGGGCAGCUUUCGGGAACAGAGCACACCGACUCGACCGACCAGGCGGACGACUCGCCCAAGAAGUCAUCGACAGACAUGCCGGCCAGAAAAAACAAGAGGAAACUGAGUGAACCUCGGAGAAGAAGUGACUUUUCCGUUAAACGCCUGUGCCCGAAUAGCCCAGGCAGUGUUUCUGACAACAGUGUGAGUAGUGAAGUUUCGGACAGGGGUCAUAAAGAAGAUCCUCCGGACACGCCGGACACUGGGUUUUUACUUGACCACGGAGAUUCCCAAGGGGGAAUUGGCAAGAGUAGCGCAUCCCUGGCAUUCAGUGAGCGGGUUACGUGUAUGGUGCCGAAUUUGUACUUUCCAGCUGGAUUGGGUAGGAGCACAGAAGCAUUAGGAAUUCCACUUUCAUAUGACAGCGCGGGACCUUUUCAUUUUGACCAUGGACUGAGAGGAAAAGCUGAGGAUCGUCAGAGGCUGCACGCGAGUUAUCCGUCAGUUGAUGAGAGUGAGGAGUGUCAGGACGAGGAGGGGUCUCCGUCAGAGAGAGGGGGCAAAAGGCCGAGAAAAAACUAUAAGAACAUGACCCGUGAGCGUCGGAUAGAAGCCAACGCCCGGGAGAGAACAAGAGUGCAUACUAUCAGUGCUGCUUUUGAAAGUUUACGGCGAGCUGUUCCUUCCUAUUCCUACAACCAGAAACUGUCAAAACUGGCCAUUUUGAGAAUUGCAUGUACUUAUAUAAUGGCUUUAGGCCGAUUAGCGGAUAUAGACUACAGUACGGACGGUAACAAGAUGGAUUUUCCGGAGUGUGUAGAUUUGUGCACGAGGACAAUUCAAACAGAGGGCAGAGCCAGACGGAGACACUGAAUUUCAGCGACAUAAUCUAAACGGUUUCCGAUGUCACGGGAUUUGUCACGUUCGGCUCUGCUUCUUCGAAAACUCUGACAGUGGGCUAGUGAGAGGAGAAAGCUGUGUGUGAACAAUAGCCCUCCGUUAACAUGUGUGUAGCAGACGACACCGGGGCUAAGUUAAACGUGUGUCAAUAGCAGGGCUUGUUAGAGGGGACAGUUUUGUGGCACCUGGAGACCAGCCUGUCUACACCCCAGCGGUCGGGACGAAACUAUGUCCUCCACAAGCAUUACGUCCGGUGAUAUCAGUGUCAGUGUAUUGGAAAUAUUUUAUCAGAGGUGUCACAGAGUGGCGAAGUCUGGGUGUUCACUGGAUCGGCCACUCUCCACACACCAGACCUGUCAUUAUCCAAGACCAGCAGAUGUUAAAUUUAGUCUCCUGCCUGUAAACUGUGACAUGGUAUUUCUUGUGAACAAUGGUGGGUGAGCGAGGAAUGCCCAUAACCACAUUCUUACCGAUCAUAUGAUUACAGAACUGUCAGAGGUACGAGCUGGAUGUGGAUUGUCUCGGACACUUACGCAGUAUUCCCGUCUAGCAGAUGUAGGAAAUCGGCUGUCUAAGAGUUUAGGCUAGACGUUCAGGGUUACAUAUAGCGUACCAGGGUGAUGUAUGAUAUCAGCCACCCUGAUACUCCAUCGAGACAUGGCUUCUGAUUGUAGUAUUGCUUUGUGGAAACAAUUGGCUUAACUUUCGUUCAGAUCUAUUGUUGUAACCAUGCUUUUAGACUUUUGACAUAUCGACAUUUGCCGCUUGUGUCAAUGUCAUCUUCGACCAGAAACUGUGAUUGCCAAGUCAGUAUGGCGCAGCACUACAAAAUAAUACACAUAUAUGAUUAUAUUUUCUCAAAUUUACGUUAUAUUUCA